CUGUUAUUCUGUGGGAAAGCAGGCUGCGGCUGUCAACAGAGACACAUUUUUGUGUGAGAGAAGAAUAUAUCCAUGGUUUGGUGCGUCUGUACAGAUCAUGAUGUGAAGCACAGCAGGUUGUCUAUGCAAGUGUCCACAAGAGGGAUGGCGACCAAACGAUUGAGUAGAUGGAGUUUUGGAUUCUGGAGCCAUCUGGAUUAUGUGUUUUUCCUGUUCCUGUUCCUGCUGUGCCUUCCAGUAACAUCAAGCACAAAUGCCACAACAGUUGGGUUUUCAGCCGUCACAACACCUACAGGACCCCCAAAUUCAACAACAGUGACAGGAGCAACCACAGCUAACAUUACCACAAUGCAUUCAUCUUCAACCGAAGGUCACAGUAGCUCAUCAACACUGCCAUUAACAACAAGCCAUGUUACUGUGCAAAAUACAACAACAAUGGUGGAAACCACAGCCACAUCUUCUAACAUAAGCACAACAAUCCCAGCAACAACAUUUACGAAGGAAUUACAUAGCACUGAUAAUCGACCUGUGGAAACCACACCAUACACAUCCACUGAAAACAUGACUUCUUUUGAAACAACUGCAAACUUCACAUCCACUGAAAACACGACUUCUUUUGAAACAACCGCAAGCUUCACAUCCACUGAAAACACGACUUCUUUUGAAACAUCUGCAAACUUCACAUCCACUGAAAACACGACUUCUUUUGAAACAACCGCAAGCUUCACAUCCACUGAAAACACGACUUCUUUUGAAACAUCUGCAAACUUCACAUCCACUGAAAACACGACUUCUUUUGAAACAACCGCAAGCUUCACAUCCACUGAAAACACGACUUCUUUUGAAACAUCUGCAAACUUCACAUCCACUGAAAACACGACUUCUUUUGAAACAACUGCAAACUUCACAACAUUUACAGCAACAACCGAACCAUCGUCCUCCGCCAAUAUAACUGAUGCAACACCACUGCUGACAACCAUUAACCAAACAUUAACACCAUCUGUGUUUUACUGGAUGACUAUAUCCUAUGAGGUAACAGUAGGACACCAACGUGAACAAAAUCUCAAAACAAUGUUUGAGUGGUUGUUCAAAGGCAACCUAGACGCAUGUGCAGUUUCCAGUGAGACUGGUACUGUGGAACGUUCUGUGGUGUCACAAUCAGACAGCAUAUCUGACGACGGGAUUUAUAAUGUGCUCACCAGUUCAGAAACAAAGAAAACGGGCCUGUUUGAAGCCAUGGAGUUCACAUGCGAACCAAAAAAUAUUACAAUGAAUGCACAAUGCAAUAUUCUUCUGAAGCUGAGUGCUCCUGUCAGUGUUUGCUGCAUUAGAGACAUAAUGAAACUGACAGUGACACUGGAAAGUGUCGUUGUGGUGGGACAAAUAGAAAGAGUGGGUGUGUGUGCGGAUAACAUAACACAGUUCUCAGCUGGACAAUAUGACAAAUGCAAUGAGACAGUCAAAGUGACUGAAGAUGUAUGUAGUGCAAAACCACAGAACAUCUCGUGUGGAAACAGUACAAAUGUGAUUUUUCCGUUGGAUACUGGUGUUCAGGAGAUCUGUCCUACUAGGCCACCACCGCAAACAUGUAACUGUUCCUCACACUGCAAUAACUCAGAUUUCUACUAUUACCAUUUUAACAUUGCUUCAUCCACUGAAAUUUUAUACGCGAGAUACGAGUUUUCUGACUACUCGGAACGCCAGUACGUAAGUAUCAAGGUUUAUCAGUUGUUGAAUGCAGCAUGCAGCAACAUUUCAUCUGCAUGUAACAUGUUCAGAAAUCACAUUCAGGACGUAGGUGUGAGUGAUCGCAUAGAAAGCACUUGUCAAGUUAUAGUGAAACUAGACAGAGCAAUGGACCUGUGUGAUGUUCGCACAGCUGUAGAGGCCAUCUUUGAAUCUCAGAAAAACUUCACCUUCAACGGAGUUGUGAGCAGAGUAGCUAUCUGCUCUUAUUCUUCGGAUCCUUUAAGAGAGUAUUUCAUGUGGAAGCCAUCUUUGAGUACAAAUUUCAGUUCUGAAGGCUUCUGCAUGGAGUCAAACAGACAAAACUUGUUGACAGAUUACUGCUUAACAGGAUUGGAAAGUAUGGCAAGUAUAGUCAUUCCCUUGAAUGGCAGCUGUAAUUCAUCUACGCCCAUGUUCCAAAACAUUACCACAACCUCUCCAUCUUUCACAAGUACCUCGCUCUCGAACACAACCACCGUCAAUGCUACAGUCUCCACAACAGAGUCCAACUCUGUGAAUGUAACAACUUCACCUGCUAAUGUAACAGCCUCAGUGUCCACAACCAUGUCAGGGGCAUUAGAUGCUGAAGGACUUUUGAAGUUGAGUGCAAAUGCCUCGUCUUUAAACGCCACUCAGGUGGAGCAGAUCUUAUCACAGCUAGAGUCACUCCUCUCUGGGCACAACGUCAGCCUGGCUCUGGCAAACACCUCCGUCAGUAUUGUCAACAACCUCCUCGAUGUUCCUGUAGCUGUAAUGACUCCUUUCUCAAAGAGGGCCAUUGGGAUUGUGGACACAGUCGGUCUUAAACUGGUUGUGUCAGGGACUAGUCAGUCAAUACUUUCACAAUCAUUGGCUCUGGCAGUGAAGAAAGUCAAUGGGACCAACUUUCAGGAGACGUCCUUCUCGUUAAUCGAAACAUCUAGCGUGCAGAUUCGAGGUUACCCCAGCCUGGAGACUGAAGACAUCAUGGUUCAGGUGCGGUCCACUCCUCUGGGUUCAGUCAUCCUCCCAGCAUCCCUCACACAGAACCUCACGGCAGAACAGCAGCGGCUUGCCUCCAGAGUCCAGUUCAACUUCUUCCAGAAUAGCACCUUCUUCCAGGACAAAAACCUAAAUGGACGUAAACUAAACAGCGGGAUUGUGGGUAGCAGUGUGGCUAACCUGAGCAUCUCUGGUCUACAGAAGGAAGUGCUGAUAACCCUGCGAAACACAGGACCCAUUCCGGCUAAAUAUGUAGCUUCCUGUGUAUUCUGGGACUUUGGAUUAAAUGGUGGCUCAGGCGGCUGGAAUUCUUCUGGGUGCCAUGUGCUUAAUUCUUCUGCUGAAGAAACUCAAUGUGCCUGCAAUCACCUUACCAGCUUCGGUAUUCUGCUAGACAUUUCUAAGACUGAAAUCCCUGUAGAGCAUCUCAACAUCCUGACAUACAUUACAUACAUCGGCUGUGGAAUCUCGGCUGUUUUCCUGUCUGUCACUCUGCUCACUUAUCUGGCCUUUGGUAAAUUGCGCAAAGACAUCCCGUCUAAGAUCCUUAUUCAGCUGUGUUUGGCCUUGCUGCUGCUAAACCUGGUGUUCCUAUUGGACGCCUGGCUGGCUCUGUACCCAGAUGCUGUGGGUCUUUGCAUCUCCACUGCUUUUUUCCUGCAUUAUUUCCUCCUGGCGUCCUUUACCUGGAUGGCACUGGAGGCCGUCCACAUGUAUCUGGCCCUCGUCAAGGUGUUCAACACCUACAUCUCCCGCUUUAUGGUCAAGAUAGGACUUGCUGGAUGGGGCAUUCCUCUCGUCGUAGUCAUAAUUGUCAUAGCCGUUAACAAAGACAACUAUGGCCUUGUGACAUACGGGAGAUAUGGAAACGGAGCGACUGAUGAUUUUUGCUGGAUAAAAAACGACAUUGUCUUCUAUGUUGCUGUGGUGGCGUACUUCUGUCUUGUCUUCCUGCUGAACUUCACCAUGUUUAUCGUGGUGAUGGUCCAGCUGUGUCGCAUCAAGCAGCAGAACCCUCACAACGUGCAGAAUCGCAGCGGCUGGCAGGAGAUGCGCAGUGUAGCUGGACUCACCGUGCUUCUGGGCCUCACCUGGGGUUUCGCUUUCUUCGCCUGGGGUCCUGUUAACCUGGCCUUCAUGUACCUGUUUGCUAUUUUUAACGCUUUACAAGGAUUCUUCAUCUUUGUGUUCCAUUGUGCCAUGAAAGAAAACGUCAGACGACAAUGGAGGACAUACCUGUGUUGUGGCAGCCUGAGACUGGCAGAAAACUCAGAAUGGAGUCGCACAGCAACUCAAAAGAUAAAGAAAGCCUCCAAGAAAAGAAUGUUUUCAUUCCGCUCGUCGAAUUCUAACAAUUCUAGCUCAUCUUUCCUGAACCAUGACAGCUUGGCAUCUGAUAUGCCCAUAGACAUCAGCAACCCGAUGGACGACAGGAUAAUAACUGCAGCAGAAGAGCCCAGCUCAGGUUCUGACGUGGUAUUGAACGAGAUCAACGACCAGUACCGAGGUCAAAGGUCAUAAUGAAUAAACUGAUCACAGCCGGAAUGAGUGUGUAUGCAUGUAUGCGUGUACUAUGUUCUAAUGAGUCACUGUAUUUCACUGGUAUUUUAAAUUUACAUAAAGUAUUGCGUGUUGUAUAUUCAACAGAAAUAUUACUUAAAAUGAAGCACUGUAAUUAAUGCAAUUAAAUAAUGAAACUACUACAGCAAUGCAAAACCUUUUAAACCAACAACAACAAAAUUAUCUGAUGGUUUAGGUUGCAUAAUUUUUCUGAGUAGUUGGAUAAUUGUGCAAUUGGAAUAAAUUGGAUAAUUGUGUAUGAAAUGAAAUGAUGUGCUUACACUGCUAUGGUUCAAUGACUUGAUUAUUUUAUCUGUACGAGUCUGGAACAUUCAAAAUCAUGCAUGUUGUCACAUGUAUUUUAUUUUUGUAUUUUCAUAGCUUUUCAAAAUAAUAAAAUGUACAACAUAAGAGUAUAACAAAAGAAAUACAAGUUGUAGAGUGCCUGGUUGAUAGUUUUCACAAAGUUUCUUUUCACAAACACUUGUGCAUUCAAUCUGCAACAUACUGUACAUUUAUGAAUUAUUAAGCAAGUUCUGAAGGUCCAAAUGUUGCUGUACAAAAGCACACUCUCCAGUCUGAUUGGUUGGCUGCUACACAAUUUCCAUGAAUCAGAUUGCACAGGUAUUUAAAAGUCAACCAGGAAAUAAAAGUUAUGUUUACAAGAAGCAAAGGCUCAAACGUUUUUUGAGGUUCAUGGCAUCAAAUGUCUACAAGUAAAUUCCAUUUUAUCUGGACACAUAAAAAUGUCUAUUCACACUUUUUCUUAACUGUAAUGUUGCAUAGUUUGUCUUGUGUUAUGCUUUCACAGAUUUCAUAUCUACCCACAGUUUCCACAAAAAUAUUAAGCAGCACAGCCGGUUUUCAUC